GAGCCGCCGGCAGCAUUCGCGGACGUACGCCAUUAGCUCAGCGGCCGAGCUCUGCGGGGGACCCGGGAAAGCUGCUGCUCCGGACCAGCCACCCGGGAGCAGGCGUCGGGGUGCGGUGGCCGGAGCCCUGGAUUUGGACCUAGAGCCAUUGCGCGCGGACACUUCUCUGAUUCCCGUGGGAACCGGGCCAAACUUAAGUGUGUUCUGUCAUGGCAGUGCCGGAGUCACGCCCCAACCACACCAUUUACAUCAAUAAUCUCAAUGAGAAGAUAAAGAAGGAUGAGCUGAAGAAAUCCCUCUAUGCCAUCUUCUCUCAGUUUGGCCAGAUUCUGGACAUCCUGGUAUCAAGGAGCCUGAAGAUGAGGGGCCAAGCAUUUGUCAUCUUCAAGGAGAUCAGCAGUGCCACCAACGCUUUGCGCUCCAUGCAGGGUUUUCCCUUCUAUGACAAGCCAAUGAGAAUCCAAUACGCCAAGUCAGACUCGGACAUCAUUGCCAAGAUGAAGGGCACGUAUGUGGAGCGUGACCGGAAGCGGGAGAAGAGAAAACCCAAGGGCCAAGACACGCCAGCGGUCAAGAAGACUGUUCCGGGUGGGGCGGCCACCCCGGUUGUGGCUGCCGUCCAGCCUGUCCCGGGGAUGCCACCCAUGACCCAGGCCCCCCGCAUCAUGCACCAUCUUCCUGGGCAGCCACCGUAUAUGCCUCCCCCAGGGAUGAUCCCUCCGCCUGGCCUGGCCCCUGGACAGAUCCCACCUGGCGCCAUGCCCCCGCAGCAGAUGAUGCCUGGACAGAUGCCGCCUGCCCAGCCGCUGUCUGAAAACCCGCCCAACCACAUCCUGUUUCUCACCAACUUGCCCGAGGAGACCAAUGAGCUCAUGCUGUCUAUGCUCUUCAAUCAGUUUCCUGGCUUCAAGGAGGUACGUCUGGUGCCCGGGCGUCACGAUAUCGCUUUUGUGGAGUUUGACAACGAGGUGCAGGCUGGCGCUGCCCGAGAUGCCCUGCAGGGCUUCAAGAUCACCCAGAACAACGCCAUGAAGAUCUCUUUUGCCAAGAAAUAGCCCUACCCCUGUUUGUUCCCCUGUCCUCCCCCUCCUUCCAGGGUGGCCUUCCCCCUGCUCCUCUGCUCGGGGCUGUCGUACCCUGAAGGUAAGUCCCUGCUCCCUUCUCUCAGACUGUAGUGUAAGUGUGCCUGUGCCUCAGCAUUGUACCCAGAGUCUGCCCUUCAGACAUUGCACCUGGAGCUGGGGGCGAAAAUAAAAGGUUUUUUUCACAA